AUGUUUAAUUGUAAUUUUACAGUAGCAUUCUGGCAACAACAGCUGCUGGAACUUUACUGUAAAAACAACAUUUUUUUUUUUUUGGUACCGUCAUGGUUUGACAGUUUUUUUUACCAUAAAAUUUACAAACACUUUCUACAGUUUAAUGAUAUAUUUAUCUCUCUUCAUAUUUCACUAAUUCAGAUGAUAACUGUGCAUCCCUUUCUUGCAGAAUCCGUUAAUAAUAGAACACAUUUCCUCUUAUUUCUACCAGGCUCCCAUCGGGUUGGUAAGAAGUGGUCCAUCGCCUUCGACAUGUCCUCCCUGUCUGCUAAUGACAACGUCCAGCUGGCUGAGCUUCGUAUCCGUCAGCCGGCCUUCACGGAGUCGUCCAGCGUCGUGGACGUCUACCACUCCCACAAGCACCGCUGCCCCGGCUGCCCCGACAGCAGGCAUCUCCUGGGCCGCCUCAGAGCUCGGCCCAGCUCCACGGCGUCUUCGUUCUCCUGGAAAGUGUUCGACAUGACGGAGAUGCUCAGCGGCUGGCUGCAGCGGGGACACGGGGGCAGGAGGACGGAGCUGCAGGAGGACGAAGUGGAAGAGGACAUCCAGCACGCUACAGCUGACCGGGUCGUGAUGGUGGUGUUCUCCAGCCAGAACAGUCAGAAGACGCUGAUCCGUGUGGCAGAGCGCUCCAAGUACGUCAGGACGACCAGCAGCAGCGGGGCGAGGAGAGGCAGGGAGAAGAGGCAUCCCCGGACCGAGAACAACGGUCCUCUCUGCAGGAGGACGGACAUGUGGGUGAACUUUGAGAAGUUUGGCUGGGCCGAUUAUAUCGUCUUCCCCAAACGGUACAACGCCUAUCAGUGCCAGGGGAGCUGCCCGACGCCGGUGAACGAGACCUUCGGCCCCACGAACCACGCAUACAUGCAGAGCCUGCUGCAUCACCACCACCCCGACAAAGUUCCAUGUCUGUCCUGUGUGCCGACCCGUCUUUCGCCGCUGUCCAUGCUGUACUACGAGAACGGGAAGAUGGUGAUGAAACAUCAUGAGGACAUGGUGGUGGAGGAGUGUGGAUGUGAGUAAGGAAAUGAUCUGCAAGCCUCCUAGAAAGGCUGGAAGAAUGGAAGACUGAAGCCUCUGAGCUGUACAGGGCCUGAGGAGAGGCACAGAGUGGACGCUUGUCCACAUGCACUUUAAAGACAGAAACUCUACUGCAGAUCCUGGACACCGCUCAUUAAAUUCUACAAAAUAAAGCUAAAAGGUAUUGUUUGUAGGAGAUCAGGUGGAUGUAUUUUGUGCUGUUUAACUGCAUUAACUGGUGCACCAAGGAAUGUUCAAACUCUUGUUUUUAUGCCUGAAUUUUAAACGACACUUAAAAGACUAAUGUCAGAAUGUUGGAAGUGCUUUGACUUUAUUAAAAGGUUUGGGUCACAUUGAUCCAUUUGUUUGCUAUGUACGAUAAUAGAAUAAAUGAUUUCAU